AUGUCUGCACAGAUGGAGAAAGAUGGUCCAGCCGGUGCAAUCUACAAAUGUUCUGACAAUGGAUGGAUAAACGAGAAUUUGUUUUCUGAAUGGCUACAACAUUUCACUGCGCAUACUAAGCCGUCACCUGAACAACCCAUUCUACUGAUACUGGAUAAUCCAAUGCCAGCCAUAUGUCACUACAAAUCUUUGAGCACUGCAAACAAAAUAACAUACAUAUGCUUUCACUACCUCCGCACACAUCACACCGCAUGCAGCCGCUUGAUGUCACAUUUUUUGGGCCUUUUAAAGUUGCUUACAAGAGAGUGUGAUUUAUUUUUAAAAUCUCGGCUUGCAGAAAAAAUUACACCUUAUGAUGUGGCAGCGCUAUCAAACAAAGCUUAUGAAGCUGUGGCAUCUAUUAACAAAGGAGUGUCUGGAUUUCGAUAA